AUGCGCUUCUUCUCGCUCUACUUUUGGCGCGAGCUCGGGCUGCCGCCCACGGUUGCGAUGCUCAUGCUUGUCGGUAACAACCUCGGCUCCGCCGCGUGGACGAUCGCGCUGCAGCGGCUCUCGCUGCGCAUCGGCCGCCGCCUCGAGCCAGCGGAGCCGCGCCUCAUCCUCCCGAUCUGCCUGCUGCGCUCUUGGCUCAUGAACUCGACUCUCGCUCUCUCGAAGAGCGUGCUCAACGACUACGUCCCCAAGCGGCACCGCGCCAAGUGGGCCUCGCUCGAGAGCGCACGCACCCUCACACCUGCAGGCUCGGCCGCUCUCGGUGGGCUGCUCUCGGACCGGAUCGGGUACCGACACACGUUCCUAGUCACGGCGGCGCUCCAGGCGGUGGGCGUGCUCUUGUACACGCCGCUCGCAUCGCUGGUCGCCGCCGAAGCCGCGCCGCCCAAGCGCGCCCGCGCGAGCACCGCGGCCGAGCCUCGCGCAUGCGGGGCAGGUUCCUCCUUUUCCGCUCCGCCUCGUCAGCCCGCUCGCGCCGCACCGCUCGCGGCGCCCCUGCUGAGGGCCGACGGAACCACUCGGAGCGUGGGCGACCACGCGCCCGAAUGA